AUUAUUGUUUUAUCUCCAUUCCUUGCCACCUCCACACGCCCAACAAAGACGGCAAAUAAGGCAGUGUUUUUCCGGCAUAGGUGCGACUUUAUCUAAUCGAUUCGGUGCGUCCAACGCGAUUUUCUUCGCUGCAAACAGCCGAAAUAGCGUCCUUGAAUAACAACCGUUUUUAGCACGUUGUUAGUUUGACCGGUUAGUGAAAACAGCGACGGUUUGUUUGUUAUAAUAACUCGGAAUGCCUGAACCACACUUGACAACCGGGUCCGAGCAGCCCCCCAAAGUCGAUGGGAAACUGCGUCUCUAUUCGAUGGAGUACUGUCCUUACGCGCAAAGGGUUAGGUUGGUCUUGAGGGCCAAAAAUAUUCCAUUUGAGACUGUCAAUAUCAAUUUGAUUAAUAAGCCGGAUUGGUAUUUUAAGGUGCAUCCGGAAGGAAAAGUCCCCGCCAUAGACACCGGGUCCGAAGUCCUCGUCGAAAGCACCGACAUAUCCGACUAUUUAGAUGAAAAAUACCCAGAAAACCCCCUUUACCCGCAGGACCCUGAAGCAAAAAAACGGGACCAAGAACUCAUCAAAAAAAUAGGCCCAAUCACAGCUCUCUUCUAUGGAUGCAUCUCAAAACAAGAGGACAAACCCAUAGAGGAGUGGGCUAACGAAUUCGCCCCACAUCUAGAAGUGUUUGAACAGGAACUAGUUUGCAGAGGAACGCCAUUCUUCGGAGGCGACAAACCAGGAAUGGUCGAUUACAUGCUGUGGCCCUGGGGCGAAAGGGCCGGGACUGUGGCUCUGGCCUUCGGCCAACAAUUGCCCUUCGAGGCCGACCAGUUCCCACAUUUGCGAAAGUGGCGCAAAACCAUGAAAGAAGUCCCAGCCGCCGAAGGGAUUUACCACGGCCCGGAAAAGUUCUGGAAGAUCGUGCAGAUCAAGAUGAAGAAUUCGCCCCCAGACUACGACAAUCUGUAAUCACAUAUCACAGUCGGGAACUGAAUCAUACUCGAAUUUAAUACUUAAUAAAGGUUAUUGUUGCUUUUGCAUUUUUAUAUUUGCUUAGCGGUAGGGUUAUUCUAGGGUGUUUCUAUGUAACGCAGUGUACUUUUGACAAUAAAUAAAGUAUGGAUGUGCUGCGACGAA